GUAAACCUAAAAACGAAGCAGAAACCCAAAGUUUGAAAGGCCAUUUAAAAAAACUCAAAAGAGAGACAAGAAGUAGAAAACAGCGGCCUCCGAAUUUCCUCCUCUGAAUCAAGAUGCCGAAGUCCAAACGUAACAGACCUGUGACAUUGUCUAAGACUAAGAAGAAAGGAAGAGAACAUAAAGAGGGAAUAGUAGAGACUAUAAGGAAAGCUGUUGAGAAUUAUAACUCCAUUUAUGUUUUCUCUUUUGAGAACAUGAGGAAUCUCAAAUUCAAGGAAUUUAGAGAGAAGCUCAAGUCUCAUAGCAGAUUUUUCCUUGGAUCAAACAAAGUGAUGCAAGUUGCGCUUGGGCGAACUGAUGCCGAUGAAGUUAGAACAGGAAUUCACAAAGUUUCCGAGUUUUUGCAUGGUGAUGCUGGGAUUUGUUUUACCAAUUUGCCCAAGGAAGAAGUUGAAAGGUUGUUUGCUGAAUUCCAAGAACAUGAUUUUGCAAGGACAGGAACUAAUGCAACAGAAAAGGUAGAGCUUAAUGAAGGCCCUCUUGAUCAAUUCUCACAUGAAAUGGAACCCUUCCUACGCAAGCAAGGGAUGCCUGUUCGAUUAAAUAAAGGGGUGAUAGAACUUGUGGCCGACUUUGUUGUGUGUGAAGAAGGAAAGCCCUUAUCUCCCGAAGCCUCUCGCAUAUUGCGUUUGCUAGGAAUCAAGAUGGCAACCUUUCAACUGCAUCUUAUCUGCCGAUGGAGUCCAGAAGAUUUUGAAAUAUAUAAAGCUGGCUCGGAUCUUUCGGAAAUUGAAUCCUCAUGAUACUUUUAUCCAGUUAUCCUUUAGUACUAGGGUGUGUUUGUAAUUUAUAUAUUGAGCUCUCUGAGAUGUGAAACUGCAGUAAACCUUCACAGGUUAUUUUGUUGGCCUAUCUUUUUUUUCCGUCGAAUCAUUUAAUUUCAUCUUGCAAAACAUCAUAUUUGCAGGUUCCAAUAUCAUUAGGGGGUCUCUUUUUUUCUCAA